CCGUUAAACCUCAUCGAAGAAGAAUGUCAUAGAAGAAGUGGUGGCAUGCUUGAAGGUUAGCGACACAUUUAACGAAAUACAAUAACAACUACUAGUGACACACAUACUGGGUAGCAAGUUAUACACUUGUCGUGUAGAACAUGGUAAUAUAUCUACAUUUGGAUUUAACAAAGCUACUACACAAGUCGCGGUGAUUCCAGCUAGCUAUGACCAACCUGUCCAGCUACGCCGUGCGUAUGGCGCGUCUCAGCGCACGUAUCUUUGGGGAUGUGGCGCGUCCUACGGACGACAAGUCCAUGAAGGUGGUCCGGCUGUUCAAGGAGCCGCCCAUGGCCCAGAAAAAGGAGGUGUAUGACUGGUACCCUCAACACAAGAUCUACUAUGCCCUGACACAGAAGCUACGAUACAUGGGACUCUUCAGAGAUGAACACGAGGACUUCAAGGAGGAGAUGCGUCGGCUGAGGAAACUGAGAGGCAAGGGGAAACCCAAGAAGGGCGAAGGAAAGAGAGCCACCAAGAAGAAAUAAGCGCUUCCUUGCCCUGUCAUAUAGGACCUAAGGGGGAAUCACAACAGUCCUCGUUUGCUCUGGGACACCAGAGGAAUGGCCUCCCUAACUGUGUUCACAACGGUACCAUGUGACCCCACUCAGGAUGUUCAUAAUGAAUGGAUCCUUGGAACAGCUGAUGAUGUGUUAAGAGGAUCCUUUCCUACCCCAUCACAGAAGAUCCUGUCUGACUAGUGACCAGUCUUUGACCGCUGUGUGUUGUGAGGAUCCUUUCCUACCCCAUCACAGAAGAUCCUGUCUGACUAGUGACCAGUCUUUGACCGCUGUGUGUUUGGUACAUAAAGCAUUUCUGUUCAUUGUUUUUCAAGAUGUUUCAUUAUGUUUCAGUUGUUUCCACGUUGUCAUCAGCUCUCCGUUGUAAUACUCUCUGUGCAGUGAAUGUGUGAAGGAGAACCGGACGCCAUCAGUACAUAUGUGAUGCUGGUAUGUUCCUGUUGACGAGACAAAGCUGGGUACAUAGAACUGUGAUGCUGGUAUGUUCCUGUUGACGAGACAAAGCUGGCUACAUAGAACUGUGAUGCUGGUAUGUUCCUGUUGACGAGACAAAGCUGGGUACAUAGAACUGUGAUGCUGGUAUGUUCCUGUUGACGAGACAAAGCUGGCUACAUAGAACUGUGAUGCUGGUAUGUUCCUGUUGACGAGACAAAGCUGGCUACAUAGAACUGUGAUGCUGGUAUGUUCCUGUUGACGAGACAAAGCUGGGUACAUAGAACUGUGAUGCUGGUAUGUUCCUGUUGACGAGACAAAGCUGGCUACAUAGAACUGUGAUGCUGGUAUGUUCCUGUUGACUGAGACAAAGCUGGGUACAUAGAACUGUGAUGCUGGUAUGUUCCUGUUGACGAGACAAAGCUGGGUACAUAGAACUGUGAUGCUGGUAUGUUCCUGUUGACUGAGACAAAGCUGGGUACAUAGAACUGUGAUGCUGGUAUGUUCCUGUUGACGAGACAAAGCUGGUGUUUUACACCUGUUCUGAGUAACACCAGGUGUCAUGAAUAAAAUACUGAAAACAAAUCUGAUGAAAUGUGGAGGAGAACUCUCUCCAUUUUUCUGACUGGUUUAUUGCCAUGCAAAUACUGUGUGUUAUAUACAAUGUUGUUACUAGCGACUUAGUGUAACUACAGGAAACCCAUUAAAAACCUGUUCUGACCUGA